AUGCAACGAAAAGAUAUUCCUCCUCUAACUAUCGCCAGCCGUGGUCAGCAGUUUUCACUAUUUGGAGGUUUUGCGUCUCAGUCCAGGGAGAUUGUGUUAAUCUCGGAUACUCAGGAUAUAACACAGGGAAUGGAGAGUUCCAGUUCAGUGACACCUAGCGACUCGUCGACUCCGGACUUGUCCUUGAACUUUAGACCCCACUCAACGGACUCUGUCCUUUCUCUCCCUCCAUCUCCUCGUUCAGAAAAUGCUUUCAGACCCACCUUCACUUCACACAAAACAUCACCACCGGGCUACUUAACGAUAACUAACACUCCUUUGUCUCCUGUCACUCCUUCCAGUCCUUCCUUUUCAAUGCCUAUGACACCCCCACCAUCGCCUCUGAAAUCUUCUUCUCGCCCCUCAUCCAGGGAAAGUACGAAAUCUCUUCCAGUCCCCACACAUACGGUCACGCCUCCCAAUUUUCCCCGUGUCCUCCAUCGAAACUCGUCUCCCACUGUUCAUACCGCUGUCUGGCCGACCACGAGUACAUUCGAAGAAGCACCUCAGUUCAGUAGACAUAAUUUGGGAUCUGACGUUGUGAUGCCCAUAUCCGCAAAAGGACGUCAGGGAAAGUCAAUAUUCAGUGCAAAGCCAACCCCAGUCGUUCACCGUCCUGCCAUUCCAACCUCUUCAUCGUCGACGAACCUUCUCGCACCUCCUCCAUUUCGUCGACACGUGCACAGUCGUCGAAGAUCCAACUCAACUAGCGCGGCUUUGGAUCAGAAAGCUCAGGUCGAUGAGCCAGCCAUACACUCGGCUUCGGAGUUGACCCAACAAUCGGGGAGCAUCCCAUCCAAUACACCUCAUGCCAGCCUCGGCUCUCUGAGGGCACACACAAAGAGUGUCUUGAGCAAAAGCAAACGUUUCGUUCAUUCGCGCGCACAGGCCAUUUCUCAUGUUGACUCGAUAUUGGGAUCAACCGCACCCAGACCUUAG